AUGAAGAGGGUAUUUGUUACUGUAGGAACAACGAGAUUUGAUGACCUAAUUGAACUUGUUACUUCCCCUGAAGCUGUUCAAGUGAGUAUGAUCUGUGUUCAACAUUUGGUCCUGCAGGUUGGACGAAGCUCCAUCUUCCCAGAUUCAGACAGCUGUCACAAGCUCACGUUAGAGGCCUUUAAAUUCAAGGAUUCCACCGCUGAAGAUGUCAAAUGUGCCGACCUGGUUAUCAGCCAUGCUGGCUCGGGGGCAGGUAGUUGUCCGGAGACCCUUGGUGCAGGCAAGCCACUGUUAGUGGUGUUCAAUGACAAACCUAUGGACAUUCACCAGCUAGAGCUGGCCAAACAGCUACACCAAGACUCACACCUACCUACUGUACUUCACUGCCAGGUCAGUGUAAAUCCUCAUACCUUGAGGACGAUGGACCUUUCGGUUCUCUCACCCUUCUUACCUAGACAACCAAAUAAUUUUGCCAAUUUCCUGGACAAGGCCCUUGGUGUUCAAUGA